AUGAGACCGCCAAUGCAGAAAUCGGCAUUGCAACAAAAUGAGGCAAAUCGUUUGCAACAGCAUCAGCAUAUUGCAGCAACAGCAACACAUAACUGUAGUAGUGGCAACAAUAGCCUAACGACAGCAACAACCGGAACAACAAAUCUCCUACUGACCCGCAACAAAUGUUCAGAGGACAAUCUUAAUGACUUUGAGUCGCAUCAUCAGCAACAACUACUACACAAUACCAACAAUUUAAUUACACCAACAGCAAGAACAAUAAGACCAGGUGGUAUACCCCCUCCUCCGCCACUGCGUAAAUCGAAAUUGGAGCAACGUGAACUCCUGGUGGAGAAUCAUUUGAAUAACGCCUGUUUUGCUCAACCGCCACCUACACACGCGAAUAACACCAACACAGCCACAGCGACAUUGCCAGUCUUCUACAACGACUUCUAUCAGCAGCAACAACAACACCAACAACGUCCAUUAAGACCCACCACAUUGUUGUGUACGACAACAUCAGAUGCAACAGCAACAACAAAUGACAAUUGUUCAGGUGUGAAAUUACUUGAUCUCAUCAGCACUUCGCCACCCUCGCAGGACGAGUCAGGUGGGUCUUUGUUUAGGUCAUCGGCAACAACAGCAGCAGCUAUACAAGCUGUGAAUAGCAACAGCCAGCCGAACAACUAUAUCAACAAUAGUUGCCAUCAACAGCAGCAACAACAACAACGCUAUUCGUAUGCCAGCCAGUAUUCACGUUCCUCAUCCAGUGACGAUAGCAGCAGUCUAAGCCUUAAUACCUCGACAACAACGGGAGGUGGCUGCCACUUGGGCGCAAAUAGAACUACAUCCCGACACAAUACCUUUGAUGAUGCAGCGGAAAAUUUCAUUAUAAAUUUUCCAGCAGACACGAUAGUCGAGUCAACAAAGGCCAACAACACCUCAACUAAAACUGGAAAUACAACAGCAGCAACAACAACAACAAACCAUAGCAGCAGUGAAUUAUAUAACUAUUGUCUGCCAUUAUCCGAAACUGAGCCGCUGCUAACGAACAUUGAGGCGACGGUUAAGGACAAACAACGUUCCAUAUAUUUGAACAAGAAUAGUGCAUCGUUGAUUUUUACCAAAAAGGAUUUAUCGGCCACAUAUCAUCCACAGCAACAACAGCCAAACUUUAAACUACAAUCAAAAAGUCACAACAACAACAAAACCAAUUAUACGAGGAGACCAUCUGCUCCAACUGCCUCAUCCAUAUUCUCCUCCUCGACGUCCUCCUCCACCUCCACCCCCUCUUCGAACGGACAACAACAUUCCACAAGCACUUUACGUUCCCUAUCCGAGGAGAAUUAUCGUCGCAAACCGCCCACCAAGCAUUUACCCGCCACAUAUCAUCAACAGCAUCGGCGUAGCUUACAGCUUAAUUACAACAAUAAUCUAGUGACUACAUCCACUUGUGGUCUGGUGGCCAAUAAUAAUCAUCAGCAUCAUUGUUGUGGUGGAGGGGCAUCUACAGCGGCGGCAGCAGCCCAACAACAACAACAACAACCGAAGUCUUCUGCCUACAAUAAUUCCAGUUCUUUAGCCAACAACACGGCAGCUGCAACACGCAAACAGUACGCGUACUCGUGGUACGCACCGGUUUAUAGUGCACUCGAGGAGGAACUAGAACACGAUUCUAGGGAUUCCUCUCCAAUUCACAAUCUGGCCAACACAAAGAAACACCACCUUCAUCCAUACCACCACCACCAUCAUCAUCAGCGUGCCAACGAUCUCAAUUCGUCAACACUGACAGCAGGCGGCGACACCCUCACCACAGACACAGAACGUGAAGCCCUCUUGGAGACCCGUAACAACAUCAAUAUUCAGGCCCAUUUAGGUGGACCGGCGGUGGUGGUGAAUCACCUGAAACGUGAUACCAUAACCAAACAACUCAACCCCUCGAAGUUAGCUUUGCAGCACACGAAAAAUACCUCCUCCCGGGGAGGUAGUUUGACGAACAGCGGCAAGGUCGUUGGUGGCGGUGGUGGUGUCAACGGCGGCGGAGAUAUUGCCUCCGUUGAAGGUUUUGCGGGUAGCGGUAAUUAUGAUUUGGAGGGCCCUCAUGCAGGCUCUUUGGGGCUUGCAGGGGGCCCACAGCCGAGGCGUAUACGUUUUGGUAAUUUCCUUAAGUCCCUGGUGGGAUUGCGGCCUUCGGUGGCUACGAAGAAUGCCAAUGCAGGUGGGGAAACAACUACGGGGGGUCAUAAUGCUGCGAGUGGCGGUUGUGGUGGUGGUGGUGAGUCGGAUACUGUGCAAAUACCCUCCUCACCGGAAAUCACAAUCACACGUACCCCAUCCGAACAAAAUAUGGUCGUUAUGCGCGAUCCUAGCGGCCGUGCCCAGGAUUACAAUGUGGUCUAUAGCAGUCGGGAAAAGUUAGCCCAGUCCAAUGGCGAACGGAUAGUCCAGCCCGGUGGUGGUGGCGGAGGUGGUAGUACCUCAUCGCUAAAUGUUAUGCAACAGAAGCUGUGGAACAUUAUGCGUCGGGAGGGUAGUGCAAUAAGUCUACAUCAGGAGAAAUCCCAAUCGAUAGUUCAUUAUACGGGUCUGAGGAAGUGUGAGACGGUUAUAGCUUUAACAAGGCAGGCCAGUUCGCCGUGUUCGCCAACAAUGGCUGGGGGCGGUGGCGGGAAUCAGAUAGGCAACAGCCAAUCGCAGCAACGGCUGCCACACACGGGUAGCGGCAUUUUCAGUGCCAACGGGGUAGAACAAAUACGUCCAUUAAAUCGACUGAGGAAUAGUGUUUCCAGCAUGAACAAUACUUGCUCACGGUGUUCCAGUCUACUGUCACUGGCCGCCUCCAGUUCGCGAUACUCGCUGAACAGUGCCACGGCCAAUCCGCAUCCAUAUCAUCAGCAUCAGCACUAUUUGCAUCCACAGCAGUCGCAACAGCACUCCCAUCAGCAGCUGCAGUAUCCUCUCCAGCAAAUAGCGACCACUCACUUUACCCAAUACCACCAGCAACCCAAUCCUAGUAAUAAUCUAAGCAGUAGUAAUCUAAGUAGUAGUACCUAUAGUCAGCAGCAGCCGCAGCAGCAGCAUAGCCGCAAUGGUUCCCUAGAUGCCGGUGGCGGUCUUCACUUUGCCGUUAAACGCAAUAACCGCAACUCAUCAUCGUCGAACAAUUCGGGCGGCUCGCAACGCAACUCCAGCUGCAGUGCAACGGCAAGUCGAACACCAUCGCUAACCUCACCCACCACCAUAACAACCACGACCGCAACUACCGCUUCCACUCUAAAGCUAACACCGCCACCCACCGAAACAUCACUGCUGACACCACCAGCUACGGCCUCAUAUCUGGGCCUACACUCACCAUUCUUUGCAUCCAGUAGUGGCCAGGAGGGCCAACACACCGAUGUGGUGGACGGCCAGACACGGCGUGAUAAAGCCGAGGAGUUGACAUUCUUUCCCAUGGAAAAGACAACAUCCUCACAUCUUAAAAUGCCAAAUGUGAAACAAGAAACAGAAGAGAAGAACCACAUUUCGAUGGCUGCCGCCGGUCCUGGCCCUGGGGGAAUGGUGGUGAUUGAUGGUCUUCCCAGCACCUGCACAGAGUCGCAUGGUAACGUGACUUCAUCAUCGGCAAAUGCUGUGGGUGGGGAAUCUUCAAAAACAACAACAACGGAUCUGAUCCAACCUGACAUCAUUGCAUCCUCAACAUCAUCAUUGGCUGUGGCAAUUCGUCCCUUUGAACUGUUCACCUGUAAGCUAUGUCUUAUCGAAGUCGAAGAUGCCAGCAAUUCGACGGUGUUGCAUCAAUGCGGUUGCCAGUUUUGUACAGAGUGCAUGAAAGCCUAUGUGGAAUUUGAAAUAUCUGAGGGCGCAUAUGAGAUCUCAUGUCCCGAUGCUCAGUGUCCGGAACAGGGUGUUAUGACCCUAAACGAAAUCGCUAAACUAACAACAACCAAUCUAAUGAAAAAACAUCACAGAUAUCGUUUAAAUCGAGAAAUUGAAUUGGAUAAAACACGUACCUGGUGUCCUCGAGCUGGUUGUGAAACUGUUUGUUUAAUAGGUUCAACAUUAUCAUCAUCAUCAGCGUCAUCUACGGCACAGACAGAUGUGGCGGCUGCAUCAACGUCAUCGGCAGCGAAUGCAACCAACCAAAGUUUAAGCAGCCCGAAUAGCAGCAACAAUGGAGCUGUAGGCGUAGGAGGUGGUGGUGGUAAUCUGGCAGCCAAUACACCCCUACUGUGUGCCGUACAAUGUCCAUCGUGUAAGGAUGAAUUCUGUUCGGCAUGUAAGAAAACGUGGCAUCCAAAUAUUACAUGCGAAGAAUAUAGUCGUCGUUUGGCCGCGGAUGGCCAGGACGAUAUUGGUAUACCGUUCGAUAAUGACCUCAUCAAGUGUUGUCCCAUGUGUGCUGUGCCCAUUGAAAAGGAUGAAGGCUGUGCCCAAAUGAUGUGUAAACGUUGCAAGCAUGUCUUCUGUUGGUAUUGUCUGGCCAGUUUGGAUGAUGACUUUCUUUUGCGCCAUUACGACAAGGGACCAUGUAAAAAUAAACUUGGACAUUCCCGUGCCUCGGUGGUAUGGCAUCGAGCUCAAGUGAUAGGCAUUUUUGCUGGCUUUGGUAUAUUAUUAUUGGUGGCCUCGCCACUACUAUUGCUGGCAGCACCCUGUAUUAUUUGUUGUAAAUGUCGCAGUUGCAGUGGCUCCAAAAUAGAUGAAGGUGAUGUCGAUAUGGAUGAAGCUACAGCAUUACAAAGCCUCAACUAA